GUGUGGAUGCGCACGGAUGUACGUAUGCAUGUGUGUACUUGUGUGGAUGUGCGGGACAUGCACGCACACAUGCGUGUGGAUGCCCGGCUGCCCAUGUGUGUACAAGACAGGCGCGCACACGUGUGCAUGCCUGUCGGUGUGAGUGGCUGUGUAUGGAUGUCCGUAGGCGUGUCUGGAUGCCCGUGUAUGUACAGGGCAUGCACGCACGUGUGUGCACGUCUGUCCGUGUGCACACGUGUGGGUGGAUGUCCGUAUGUAGGGGUGUAUCUGGAUGCCCGUGUAUGUGCGAGACAUGUGCGCGUGUCUGGCCGUAUGCCCAUGUGUCUCGGGACGCGCGCGCACGUGUGUGCGUGUAGACCCGUGUGCACGUGUCCGUACACGUGUCUGUGUGCGGAUGCGCAUGUAUGCCCGUAUGUGCUUGCGCACGUAUGUACAGGGCAUGCAGGCGCUUGUGUACAUGUAUGUCCAUCCGCACGUGUGCGCAGCUUGCCCCUGCUGUUGUGAAUCCAAGCUUCAUCUGUGUGCGGGUGUGGGUGCGGGAAAGCUUUCCCACCGGCAUGUGCUCCCGUGGGAUCGCGCGGGCCAGGGCAGAGGAGCUGCCAGCGGGGGGGGGCUGCUGCUGCCACAGCCCCGAGAUUCCCCCUGCUGCCCCGCUCGCAACUUGCCCCUGCAAUGCCGCCAGGCGCCGCCCAGGCCGGCCGAGGGCGCGGGGACGCCCGGCCACGCACCUCUGCCCCCCACACGCUCCCUGCAGGCGCCGGGCGGGGAGGCUGCGCCCGCUGUGAGAGGAGCGAAUGCCUGACCGACCGCAGCCCCCCGGCGCCAGCCCUGUCCCCUGCGCUCCGCCUGCGAGCCAGGCUUGAAUGCGGAGCACCUCGGAGGUGCGGAGGGGAGGGCGCUGCUUGCUGUCUCUCUUUAGUGGCGGUCUUUCCCCUCUCUGUCGGAGCAGCCCGAGGCAGCGGGGCGCACCAGGCUCCGGUGGCCAGGGGAAGGAGAGAGAGAGAGCCUCACUAAAGGGCCCCUUCCUCUCAUCCCCCACCCUAUGCAAAGAUGCAAAGGGUUAAAUCAUAACAGGCUGUGCUCAGGUAGGAUGGGGGUUGCAUGUCCACCUGCCUCCCUCAAAACUUCCUCAGACUCCCAAGUGUUGCACUGCCCACCUUCCCCUGAAGAAAACGGGUUGCUUUCCCCCCCCCCACCAUUAACACCCUUUCAUAAUAAUAAACCGGGUGACGUCUUAAUCCCGUUGACUUCUUGUCACAGGGUGCCUGCUAGCCCCUAUCUGAUUUAAAUCUGAUUGAUGGGUAACAGCAGGAUACUGCUUCCACAGCAGAAGUGAGGGAAACAGGUGAGCUGUGAGGAAAGACCGAGAUCUAAAGCUGGUCUCCUAAUGGGGAUAUUUGGGUUCUUUCAAGUCUUGCAGACGUACUCAUUAAGCCUGAGGAGCUCAGGGCUGGCAUGAUGAUGGCAUGAGGGAGUGAAACUAGAACCAUUGAUUAUCCAGACAGUUCUCAACAGCCCUCCUUCCAGGAGAUCUCAUGAAUGGCUAUAUGAAAGGAAAUAAUGGGGAUGGGAGUGGAGGUAAAGAGGAAAUUAGAAUGGGAUGCACUUAAAAAGAAGAGAAGUAAGAAACAACCCCCUGAUGAGAGAGGGAUGUGGAGAUCAGAGUAACAAACUGAGGUAAUGCCUAGGAAUCUUCAAAACUGUUGACAGGGUACUUAGGCUAGAGGAGAAAUUGCACCUAUUAAGGAUGUUAGAAAUUGGGGACAGAAGGUGAGAUUAAGAGAGGUAACUAUUUGAGGAGAUGGUUAUAUUACACUUGAGCCGUUCUUUCCUUCUUUCUGCCCGACUCAUGGGCUCCAGUUGUCUGCUUACGUAUGAAUAUUAGAAGAUAUGCUGGAUCUGCCUGGGUUACAAAUGCGACUAAAAUGGAGGCUUUCACUUAGCCGUACCAGUUCCUUUCCAUAUCAAGCUGAAAGCAUGCAUUAAAAAGAACAGGCCUAGUUCUUAACGUCUAAAAACGAUGGAUGUAAAAUGCCCUUCUUUUUUCCAGUUCAUUUUGAAAUGUUAAAAAAGAAAAGUUUAUAGAAGAGAGCACUGCCGUAGCUUAGCAAAUGCUGUGCGCUGCCAAACGGAAAGCUGGCAUUUGGGGAGUCUGUCGUUUCUCUAACGGUAUUGGGGUAUUACGCGGAGAGCAAGAGCGGUGUUCUCUGAAGUAGAGUUUGUAAUGUGCUCCGAGCUUUUGCAUCCCUGAGAGUUGGUUGUCAAGCUGCGUUGUGGUCUUGGUAGAGACUGCUCUCCCAGCCUCAUGGUACAUGUAGCAAUCAUGGCUCCGGGGCAGCAAUGCUAGCCCUUAGCAUGACACCGCCACCACACGCAGUCUAAUAAUUGGCUUGCUGCCUUGUAAGAAGAAACUUUCCUUGGCAAAUGUUUCUUGCUUUUGAUAGAAGCAACUGAAACGCAAUAUUGCUUUCUUAAGGUCUCAACAAUAACGAUAUCAUUGUGGGCAAAGGACGAGGCUAAAAAAAACUGUCAGCUCUCUGACUUGAUAAAUCAUGGCACUAUGUCAAGUUAUGUCAGUGAGGUAGCAUUAUUUCAUAUGUCUGAAGUGACACAGUAUAACUUGACUGAUGUAACGUAAUGUGAUAUUAGAAGAUACCGUUUUAAGAUGGAAACUUAUGUGCAUGUCUUCCCAAAACAACCCUUAAAAGCUUUGAUUAAAGAAGAAUUAUUUAAGGACUUGCGCCUGUACAACUCCAGGGUGUAAAUCAGUGUUGAAUUUGGCCCAGUAUAUCCAUGUAAUUUCUUUUGCCUAAGACAAACUAACCAGCCCAGUGUCUGAUAUACUUUAUAAAUAAUGGAGUGAUUAUAGAUAUUCCUCAAAUAUAUAAAUGCUGAUUUAAUGUUUUUAACCAUCUGUUCUCUGCAAUCAGAAUCAGCGAGCUGCCCUCAGAUAUCGUGACCAAUGCCAAAAUACCAUCUUGGUCACGGCUGAUUUCUGUUAAUUGUUCUUUCAAGUAGGUUAAGGGUUGGAAAAAAAAUUUUCCACUGGAGUUUGAAAUAAGUGAAGUGAAUGAAAGAAGUUCAAGAAAAAUAUCAUUUGGGUUAUUCCUGGUGCAAAUUUAUGUGGCGUGUGGAAGCGAUGUAGGGAUAAAAUGCGUACCAGCUCAGUGUUGCAUAUUAUUGCACAAAAUUUUAGGCAGGUGCAUUAUGUCAGUCAGUUUGUAUGUGCAGUUACUACAAAAGUCAACUAUUAUAGCAAAGUUGAGACUGUACAUUACUUUUAAUUACUGAAUAAAAAUAUUUUAAAUUCUUUCUUUUUGAAAGAGAAAAUUGCCUCAAAAUACUCUGCUCAUACCACGCAGCUUGAGAGUACACAAAACAAAACCUACAAUUCAUUAAAAAGUCAGUAGCAUCAGUCUAAAAUAUUACAGUUUAGAAAAUCCUACUUCUGUGCUAAGCAAUUUUAAAUCGGAACUUUUGGGCACUAGCUUUCUCAUCUUGGCGUUACAGUUCCCAUUCCUUUUUAACUUGGUAAAAUAAUCACUUAUAGCUGUUGCACUCUUACCCUAUGGUAUAAUUUUGGCUCUUGCAAACUAAUAUUACAGGAAAAAGAAUAGUAGUUUUAAGUGCUGGAUGAAAUGACUAUGCAAAAUGAUGACUGUUAGGAUUAAGUAUUCAAAAUGAAGGGGGAGGGAAAAGCCAUUUGAGCUGAGGAUAAGGAAUCUAAUUAAAAAUAGGUAUUAAGGAUAUAUAACUUGAGCUUGCUAUCAUGCUUUUAAAGAGUGCUGUUGUAUCAGUUGUAAAGGGAAAGGAAAAGUAUCAUUAAAAUGAGAAUAAAAUGUUUUCUUGGAUUUAAAAAAAAUGGACACAGCUGACAUGCUGUUUAGAUCAGCAUUAAAGGACCUGAUCCUGGAACAUUUACUGACAGAAUUGAGAACAAUGGUCUACUUGUGUGAGUAAGAAUAGCAGAUCAUAUCUUCUAAUAAUUUGGCAUUACUAGAAUUAACUGGCACAACAGUGUAUAUGAACAGGUAGAGCAGUAGGUAUGGGCUACCGUUGUAUUUGUCUUGUAUAAGUCGAUAAUAUAUGGAUUGCUGAAGGUGAAGUGCAUUCAGUGUUGAAUUUUGCAAGUUGUAUUUUGAAGCUUUAAGUGAGCGUACUAAAAUAAGGUUGAAAUGAGGACCAAAAAUGUUAAAUUGAGUUGUAAGCUAUGACACAUCUGUGAAACAGUUAAUAAUUGUAGAAGUCAAUGUACCAAGGCUGUGCCCUUAGAAUUUUAUGCAGAGAACUUUAGCAGUCUUUGACCUAUUGAAACCUACUAGCCAUUUUCAAGCGACCCCCUCCAGUUUUAAAUAAACAUAUUGGGUAAAGUGAUCAUGCUUUGGAGAAAUAAAAUGCAUAAGCAAAAAGAAAACAUUGGUAAGUUGCAGUCCAUAAAGACUAAGGAUGGAAUUUCUUACUACUGAGUAUAUUCAUAAAUGAAAGUAGCCCACAAACCAUGACCAAGAUUGAACAGAGGCAAAGUUAGUAAUUUGAAAUGCUCAAAAUAAUUCAGUAGCAAUCAAACCUCAAUUUACAGAGACUGUGCUGCAGGUGGUGCUACUGAGCUGAGAAGACUUAAAAUCACCAUUCAACCCUGACAAGAGAAUAAGAAGGGGUCCCUGGGAAAUAUGUGCAUUUAUUCAGUAGCAAAUGUGCAAAGCUCACAAAUUGAGAGACAGUGGCAGCAGUAGUCAGGCUUAGAUAUUUUACCCUCUCUGAAUAUAAUUUUAGAUUUAGAAUCAGCUUAAAUCCAAGGGGAAAACACUUUAUAAGGUUGAAAGCUGUGUAGUUGCAACAGCCAGGGUUAUGAGCUAUCAAAUGCAAUUACAUUAAAACAGAUUAUACUGUGCAAAUUGAGCCAUUUAGAAGGUGAGAACCAAAGAAACAGCUCUGAUCUUCCUUUUUUUCUAAAUUGCAGUUUUAGUUCCUUGCAAUUCUGAGGUACAAAAGUAGGUGAGACUGCUUUUGUAUCUGCAAAGUGCUUCAUUUCUGAAUGUAAUUCUAACUGAGUGCAAUCUAGGUUAAAAGCUGGACAACUGGGUAAUUAGAGCUCACUCACUGCUAAAGGACGAUCAGCUGUACUAUAGCUCAUCUGUGUUCCCAGAGACUAGUUCUCUUCUCUUCUGAGUGGAGCCUGCUGGCAAAGAAGCAUCUACCCCCAGACUCUUCUUGAUCCCUGAGAUGAUGGUGCUGGACAAGGAGGACGCUAUCUAGUUAAGAAAAACUAUUGCAACUGAAAACAGCUGAUUUCUCUUGCUCGCUUCGGCAGCACAUAUACUCAAAUUGGAACGAUACAGAGAAGAUUAGCAUGGCCCCUGCGCAAGGAUGACACGCAAAUUCGUGAAGCGUUCUUUCUUUCUGAGCCGGCGAAACCAGCUCAGCGGCACCGGGAUGGUCGACGCCCUGCAGCUCUUCCGCCUGCUGGUGCGGGCCCGCCUCUCGCUCAAGUUUGAGCACGCUGUCCUCCGGCGGACGGUGCCCGCCUUUGAGGAGCGCUGGGCCCUCGAGGGGGUGCUGUGCCGAGUCGAGGCGGGACGCCUGAUCCUCGUUCUGUGAUGCCACCGGCUGGUAAAGCCGCAGAGACGCGUCAAGCGGACCGAGGCCCUGGGCUUUUGCUCAAGUGGGUCGACCCCGGAGGCCUCCAUGGGUGUCCCCGCUGGCAGAACUGUAAAUACUGUAAAUAGUCCUAAUGUUCGCUGUAUUGUUUUUUUUGUCUAGAGUGUACGGGCAGGCCUUGCAGGCCAUGAGCCCAGGUCUUGUCCAUGAGGCCCAGAGCUUCGGGCGUCCUUGUACAUGCUCUUUACUGGCUCCGAGUCAUCACCCUCCUGGGAAUAAAGGUCUCUUAAAAGUCAAAGUCUUUCUUUCUUUCUUUCUUGUGUUGUAUGAAAGGAGAGAAGGUUAGCACUCCCCUUGAUAAGGAUGGAAGCGGUCCUAGUGGCCUAUACAACACGCAUAUGGUUAAGGCAUUGCCACUUACUUCGUGGCAUCUUUCUUUCUUUCUUUCUUUCUUUCUUUCUUUCUUUCUUUCUUUCUUUCUUUCUUUCUUUCAAGAUGGCCGCUGACAGCUGAAGCCCUUCUAAGCUCCUCCAGCUCAGGUACUUUCAGCUUGUUGCCUUGCACUCCCUGCCCCCCUUUUCCUGCCCCCCCCCCAAAAAAAACCCUUGCCUCUCCCCACCCUGUCCCUGGGGACCCCCUCCCUGCCCCUUCCCCCCGCUUUCUGAACCUUUUUCCCCUAGGCUCUGGCAGCCUCGUUUGCCUCUGCCCCUCCCCCACCCCCGCCUGAGUUCUCCUUUUGAUUUCUGCUGCCUCCCUCCCCCAGGGCCCCUUCCCUUGGUCCCUGCCAUCUGCCCCUGCCUUGGGGCUUGCCCUGAGCCCCUGCGGGGUUGCUCUGCCCCCCCUCAGGCCGAUUUUGGGGCGUUUUCAGCCCCCUCCCAGUCCCACACCCCCGUGUCAGCCUGAGGCUUUUUUUUUUUUUUUUUUGCUGCGCUUCGCAGUUUAACCCUGUCCUGGCGAGGAAUGGCGGCUCCUACGCCUGGCAGCUGGCAUGAGGAUGUCUCUCGGGACCUCCCACUGACUCAUGGCCUGAGGGUUCAUGCCCCUCUCCAUGUGGGGCUCGAGGCUUGCGUGGAGGCUCUGGCCGCCCUCCUGGGAUGGCGUACCAUCCGCUACGCGGGGCGCGUGAACACGGUCCCGAUGAUCUAUUUGAGCAAGCCCGCCUUGGUUGACAGGGUGUGUGCGGAGGGCCUGGACAUUGUGGGCAUCCACUACCCUGUCACGCCCCUAGAGACUCAGGCAGUGAGGGUGGUGAUUUCCAACGUCCCACCGCACGUUUCCGAUCGGGAGCUGGCCAGGGGACUCGAGGCCUAUGGGGUUCCUGCGAGUCCUUUUCGCCGCCUGCCGAUGGGAAACAAGAACCCUCAGGGCAAGCAUGUCCUGUUCUUUCGGAGGCAGGUCUUCAUGCUCCUCAAGGAGGGCCCCCAGUCGCUGCCUCGCUCCCUGAGCCUCACGCUCGAGGGGCGGAGGUUUAUUAUCUAUCUGUCUGUGGGAGAGACCACGUGCUUCAAGUGCGGGGGCUCCUCCCACCUGGCCACGCAGUGCCCUCGGGGCAAGGCAGCCGGACCAUCGCCGCCUGCGGCAGCGCCGAAAGACGGCGCGUCGACCUCUGGGGCACGCGGCAGGCCCAGGGAGGUUGGGAGCUCUUCCUCCCGACCUCCUUCCACCCCCAUUCCAUCUCAGGGGACCAGGGUCUCCAGUGGGAAGCCAUCAUCCAGCCGAGGGGCUGGUGCUACUACCGUGGCCCCACCGCCCCCUCCCCCGUCUGUGGCGCCCCCUGCCCUCGGUGCGGCAGCCCCACCGGGUGGAGGGGCGGACGCUUCCCCUUGCCCCCUGCCUGCCCCGGCCGAAGUGGCUGGGGUGGCCGGGGACUGCGGCGCUGGAGCCUCAUCGGAUGAUGGGGCUCGGGCGUCCUCCCAACCACCCGACAAAGAGAGGGAGAUGAGGGGGGCCGCUCAGGACACCCCAUCCCUGACAGACCCCUCCUCGGCCAGUGCCGAGGGCCCCCCCACUACAGAGCCGGACCCCACCCCGGCUGCCACACCACCCACCCCGUCAGAUGUAGCCACCGACGGGGCAGACUUAGCAGGUGGGGGGGAGGGGCCUUCAGGGGUCCCCCUCCCCUCGCCUGUCCCCCAGCCUCCGGAGUCGGGCGGCAGCAGGGAUAGUGGCGAAUGUCUCUCUUCCUGUGGCCUGGCCCCGGGGGUGGCGGGAGAGCCCGCUGCCCCUUUGGUCAUGCCCCAGCCUACCGGAGCAGACGGGGAAGUUAGCGAGAUGGAGAUCCAGCUCUCGGAGUCUCGCAAGAGACGUCGUGAGCGGGAUGGCCCCUCCCCCACCAAGAAGACAGGGAAUGUCCUCGCGGAGCCGGUCCUUGACUGGGACGAUGAGAGGCGGCUGAUGUGCCUGGACAUCGAGGGGGUCGACGCUGCAGUUGCGGGCGAGCUCCCGCCGGGGGUGCGGUCUCUCCGCUCUUCCGUAGGCAACAUCCACCCCAAGCUGGCGGAGCCCCCCUGGGUCCCUCCUGACUAUGGGGGACUCCUGUCCUUGCUGAAGCUAACUAAGGGGGCAGAAAAAUGUAGCGGGGCACAUCACCCAGUGGUGUGCGGACCCCAAAGUGUUUGUCAAGGCUGCCAGGGCGGCAGUCAAGCUCAUGCAGCAAGAUCGGGGCACACGUCAGAUGGCCUACCGUCUGGACAAGCUUGCCCAGAGGGUGAGAGUGGAGUGGGGCCUGGGCGGGUCCUUCGACUAGAGUAGGGCACGGUAGACCUUCCCUGACCUGUCUGUAUUGCCUUGCUCUGCUCUUGGGUGCUCGCUCUUCCACCCGCGCUCUACUUUGCUCCUCCUCUCCCACACCCACACCCAUGGCAGCCACAACCAUUGGCACCUUCAACGUCAACGGCUGUCGAGACGCGGUGAAGUGCGAGGCCGUCCUGGAGCUCCUGCGACAGAAGAGGCUGGCCGUCACCUUCCUACAAGAGACCCACUCUGACAGGUUCAACCAGGCGGCCUGGCGAGGACAGGUGUUCCUGAGCCACGGCACCAACCUCCGCGCAGGGGUCGUGACACUCUUAUCGCCGCAGCUGCAGCUUGACGCGGCGGUGCUGCGGGAGGUCGUCCCCGGCCGCCUGCUGACCGUUCGCAUCACCCUCACGCAACACCGUCUGCUGCUCAUCAACAUCUAUGCGCCCUCCGAUGGCCAGGAGAGGGUCGUUUUCUUUGAGACCUUGGCUGCCCUCCUGCGCGACGCUAGCGAGGAUGAUGACCUGCUCCUCCUCGGGGGAGAUUUCAAUUGCACCACUGCCCCGCACCUCGACCGCACAGGGCCUGAGCCCCACCUGCCCUCCGCUCGCAAGCUGCAAGCUGCCCUGGAGGGGGCAGACCUCGUGGACGUCUGGCGAGCCCUGCAUCCCGAUGCGCGCCAGUACCCCUGGGCCAAGAUGAGUGCCGGCGGUCUCACCAUGGCUCGCCUCGACCGCCUUUAUAUCACCAGGCAUCACCUGCCACUCCUGCGCAGCAGCCGCAUCGCUCCCUCGGGUCUGUCAGAUCAUGGUCUGGCCUUCAGCGAACUGAGCCUGCCGGGGAGAGCCUGUGCACAGGCACCGUAUUGGUGUUUGAACGUUAGUCUGCUCCAGGACUCUUAUUUCCGGGACUGCUUUGCCCACUUUUGGCGGCGGUGGGAGGCUGCGAGACCGAGCCACUCCUCCUGGAAGCUGUGGUGGGACGUGGGCAAGGUCCAGACCCGAGCCUUCUGCCAGCAGUACACCCAGCUGGCCGCAAGCGAGAUGCGCCGCCGUAUCCGGGAGUUGGAGGAGGACGUGGCGGAGCUCGAGGCUGCUCUGCUGGCCGCUGGCAGCGACGCAGCACUGAGCGAGAGCCUCCAGCUCCGCAGGAAAUGCCUGCGCGACUUGGCAGAGAGCGCGGCCCACGGCGCGAGGAUCCGCGCCCGCUGCCAGGAGCUGGUGGAAACCGACGCCCCGACCCGCUUCUUUUUCGACCUGGAGCGGCGGCGGGCAGCGAGCAAAGUCUUGGACCAUCUCAAGACUCCUGAGGGCCGGGUCAUUACAGAGCCGGGCGAAGUCCGCGAACGUGCCGUCGCCUUCUAUCGCGACCUGUUCGCGGCCGAGCCGUCGUGCCCCGAGGCCACGCGGGAACUCCACGAGGGCCUACCGCGUCUCAAUGCCCUGGAGGCUGGCGAGCUGGAGCGGGACUUGUCCCUGGAAGAGCUGGUGGCCGCCACGGCCGGCCUCGCCUCCGGCAAAGCCCCGGGCCUCGACGGGCUGCCUGCCGAGUUCUUCAAGACCUUCUGGCCUCUCCUCGGCCCCAGCCUCCUGCGCGUCUUCCAGGAGAGUUUCGCCGACAAGGUCUUGCCGAUCAGUUGCCACCGAGCGGUGCUGACCCUGCUGCCCAAGAAGGGAGACCUGGGCUACAUGAAGAACUGGCAGCCGGUCUCCCUGCUGUGCGCGGACUACAAGAUUCUGGCCAAAGCGCUGGCCACCCGCCUCCGCGCGGUCAUGGCCUCUCUCACCAGGCCCGAGCAGAGCUACUGCGUGCCGGGCAGGACCAUACAAGACAACCUGUUCCUGCUGCGGGACCUGCUCACGGCUAGCGAGCUCUUUGGCCUCGACAUCGGCCUCCUCUCUCUCGACCAGGAGAAGGCCUUUGACCGCGUGGGCCACGCCUACCUCUUCCGCACGCUGGAGGCCUUUGGCUUUGGGCCCCUCUUCACCGGGGCCCUCCGGGUCUUGUACCGGGACAUUUCCAGCCUGCUCAAGGUGAACGGGGUGCUUUGCGCUCCGUUCCCCGCGCGCAGGGGCAUUCGCCAGGGCUGUCCGCUGUCGGGCAUGCUCUACGCCCUGGCCAUCGAGCCGCUGUUACACGCGCUGCGCCGCCGCCUGAGUGGGGUGGCCCUGCCAUCGGCCACGGGCCCGUCCGCUGGCCCUCGUCUCCGACUGUCGGCCUAUGCGGACGACGUCACCGUCUUCCUCGCCACCCGGGAAGACGUGCGGGCUCUGGCAGAUUGCCAGCGGGCCUACGAGCGCGCCUCCUCCGCCCGCAUCAACUGGGGCAAGAGUGACACUCUGCUGCUUGGCGCAUGGACUGGCAGGCCUCCGCCGGACUUGCCGGGGGGCCUCGCCUGGCGCCGCGAGGGCCUCAAGGUCUUGGGCGUGUUCCUGGGGCCGACGACCUUCAUGGCGCGCAACUGGGACGGCCUCGAGGAGGGAGUGGAGGCCCGCCUGCAGCGGUGGCGCUGGCGCCUGCCCAGCCUUUCCUACCGGGGGCGCAUCCUCGUCAUCAAUAACCUGGCGGCGGCGACCCUGUGGCACCGCUGCGCGGUGCUGGACCCUCCGCCGGAGCUACUGGAGCGACUGCAGCGGCUCCUGGUCGAUUUCCUGUGGGACGGACGCCACUGGCUCCCACGAGCUGCCCUCUACCUGCCCACCGGCGAGGGGGGCCAGGGCCUGAUCGAUCUGGCCAGCAGGGUGGCCGCCUAUCGGCUGCAGGCCCUCCAGCGGCUCCUGUACACCGAAGGCCACCUCCCGUGGCGACAGCUGGCGUGCCGAUUCCUGCGGCGAGUGGGGGGCCUCGGCUUUGACCGGGAGCUGUUUCAACUGGACCUCACCUUCCUGAACGGGGCGGUCCUUCCCCCGUUCUACCGCAGCGUGGUGCGGGCCUGGCGGGCGGCCUUCCAUCUCUGUCCCCAGGCCAGGCACCUGCGGUUCCCGCAACUCCUUCGAGAGCCCUUGGUCCACAACCUGGCCCUGCACCGUGUCGUGCCGAGCCUGGCCUCUGCCAGCCUCACGGCAGCUCUCGUCGAGGCACGCUCCACCCGCCUGGAGCACCUCCUGGACCCCGCUCGGUCGGACUGGCUGUCCCCCGAGGCCCUGGCUGCCCGGCUGGCGAUGCGCUCCGUCCGCACCGCGGGGCGGCUUCUGCGGGCCGUUAGGGCCACCCUCCCGACGGAGGCAGUGACCGCCCUGGAAGCCCAUCUCCAGACUCGCCGGCCCCUCCCCACCGCAGACGCCGCGGAACACGCCAUCCCAGCAGUACCCGGCGAGCUGACCGAGCGGCCCAACACGCUGCUCAGGCUCCCGGUGCCCCCCAGCAGCAAUACGGGCUGCCCUUUUGGCCCCCUGCCCCGCAAGGGCCUCUACAUGUGGGUGGUGCGCACCCGGCACGCCCAGGUGCUCGCCGGCCGCCCUGACACUGUGUGGCGGCGGCGCCUGGCGCGGCCUGGGACCCCGGCGUGGCGCACGCUGUAUAAGGUGCCCAUCGCCAAGAAGACCGGCGACCUGCAGUGGCAGCUCGUGCACGGCAUCCUGGCCACCGGCACCUUUGUGCGUCACUUGGACCCAGCGGCCUCGGCGGCCUGCCCCUUCUGCCCGGGGGUGCUGGACGAGGACAUUUUCCACGCGUUCCUCGACUGCCCCCGGCUGCAGCCUCUCUUUGCCGCCCUGGGCGCACUGCUUCAGGUACUGGGCCGAGACUUCUCCAAAGACGCCUACGUCCACUCCUUUCCAUACCAGGCGGCUGAGCGGGCCACGGUCAGCCUGGCCAACUUCCUGCUGGGCCAGGCCAAGAUGGCCACCCUGAAGAGCCGGCGAAACCAGCUCACCGGCACCGGGACGGUCGACGCCCUGCAGCUCUUCCGCCUGCUGGUGCGGGCCCGCCUCUCGCUCGAGUUUGAGCACACUGUCCUCCGGCGGAUGGUGCCCGCCUUUGAGGAGCGCUGGGCCCUCGAGGGGGUGCUGUGCCGAGUCGAGGCGGGACACCUGAUCCUUGUACUGUGAUGCCACCGGCUGCGGGCCGAGGCCCUGGACCUUUGCUCAUGCGGGUCGACCCCGGAGGCCUCCAUGGGUGUCCCUGCUGGCAAAACUGUAAAUACUGUAAAUAGUCCUAAUGUUCAUUGUGUUGUUUUUUUUGUCUAGAGUGUACGGGCAGGCCUUGCAGGCCAUGAGCCCAGGCCUUGUCCAUGAGGCCCAGAGCUUCGGGCGUCCUUGUACAUGCUCUUUACUGGCUCCGAGUUAUCACCCUCCCGGGAAUAAAGGUCUCUUAAAAGUAAAAGUCUUGCUUGCUUCCUUCCUUCCUUCCUUCCUUCCAUUUUAAUAGAGACAUUUAGUCUGGUUUAAAAGCUUUCUAGUGAACCUUUUAUGAAUGACUAAUUUAGGCUUGACAGGUUUUAAUUAUAAUCUCUCUAUACACAAGUUAAGAUGCUUAAUGCUGGUGAAAAGUUCUGAAUGCAAAGCAAACUUGUGUCAAGUUGCAGAGCAAAUUUACCCAUCUUAAUUGCUUUAGGGUUGAACUUUGACCUUAGUUCCCCAUCUGUGUCUUACAAAUUCCCUUCCCUCAUAACAAUAACUGCCUUUCUGUAGAACUUUGGAUCUAUAUUUAAUUUUACAGAAUUGUCAGUCUUGCAGCUGAAUUUCCACAGGCCAGAGUCUGUUUGUCUUUGGACAGUAAGAAUACUUUGCUCAGGGAUGGAUUUAGCUCCCCUAGAUCAAGAAAAGCAUUUCCUUUAUUCUGUGGGUAAAAUGGGUGUUGCUUAUGGAGUAAGGUACUUCCCUACAUGAGUAAAGGUGACAAUGUGAUUUUAAUAGUUUUGGCAGCAUUUAUUUUCCAUUAAGACAAGCUUCCAAAAAUACUUGCAGUGCCUUUCUGUGUCUGGUUUUAAUGAGCAACGCCUUAAGUGUAUUGU